AGUCAGCUUUGUAGGAGAUACUGGACGCACAUCCCCAAUAGUGAGGACGUCUGCAUCGAAGCCUCUACCAGCCCGGCAUCGUCAAUCUGGUAUAUAGCAAUUAGCACAGGGCAGAAAGCAACUGGCUUUAAAUCCAAGCGCAGAAAUGCCAAGUUAGGUAUAUAUAGGCAUAUAAUCCGCUUGAUCUGCGACAAUUUCAGUCAUAUUUCAGAGGAAUAUAGCGCGAUCUAUCGCUGCUGGGGCAAUGCAUUGUCACUAAGAAUCUGCUGCGUAUCAGAAUCUAGUCCUUAG